AGCACCACUGCUCGCCUCACUGCAUCACGCUCAACUGCCUUGACCUCGGCCACGUCCUUGUCCUUUCGGAAAAGGCUCUUCUCUUUGCUUGGAAUCCAUUUUCCUAACGAACAACACUCGGUAUCCAGCCUGUCUGCCCCGAGGAACCGCUUGUUCCCUUUUGCGUCCGUCUCACAAUCCGAGUCUCCUCGUCGCGUCACCCACCUAGCCAAACAUGUCUGGCACUCGUGCCCGAAAGCCUGCAGCUGCCAAGGCAACCAAAAAUACGGCAGAGAAAACAAAACCUGUUAAGAAGGCUGAACCACAGCAGUCUACCGCGAGCAAGAAAGCCGCUGCCUCUGUGAAGACAUCGCCUAAAACUGCCGUCAAAGCCACAGAGGCGCCUGUGAAGAAGACCAGCAAGCGGAAGGCCGAAACAGAAGUUGAUCAUGAACCUCAAACAAACGGCGUCAAAAGAGCGCGAGUGAUUCCGUCGCCCGGUCCCGAAGUUGAUAAACCUGUGUCCUCCAAGGGAAAAAUUGCACCUGCAGCAAAGCCACCAGCAGCUAAAAAGCCCAAGGCAACAAAGGCGGAGAUCAAUCACCCUCCAACUGAGAAACUCAACGUCUAUGUGUUUGGAGAAGGCUCUUCUGGGGAACUCGGCCUGGGAAGCGCCAAGGGCCAGACGGAAGUGAAGAGACCGCGAUACAAUCCCAAUCUCAGCCCGGAUAGCGUGGGAGUGGUGGCGUUGUCAGUUGGUGGCAUGCACACUGCGGCUCUGACCCACGACAACAAGAUUCUGACCUGGGGUGUCAAUGACCAGGGCGCUCUAGGUCGAGACACGGCCUGGGAAGGUGGUCUUCGUGAUAUCGAUGAAGAUGCGAGUGACUCUGACUCGGAUAGCGGUUCGGAGACAGCAGUCAACCCAAGAGAAUCUACCCCGGGCGAAGUAGACCUCUCGGGUGUUCCUGAAGAUAUCACCUUCACCCAGGUCGCCUGCACUGAUAGUGCCACGUUUGCUCUCACGGCUCAGGGCGACGUGUACGGAUGGGGCACAUUUCGCUCGAAUGAAGGCAUUUUUGGCUUUGACCCCACCACGCUGAUCCAGCUCCGACCAAAGCUGAUCAAGGGCCUCAGCAAAAUCAUCCAGCUUGCAGCUGGUGCCAAUCAUGUCCUCGCCUUGCAGAAUAAUGGCGCCGUCUAUUGUUGGGGUUCAGGGCAACAGAAUCAACUGGGUCGAAGGAUUCUGGAGCGAAGAGCAACAAACAGUUUGAUACCGACGGCCAUUGGCACACUCAAGAAGAUUGAAUACGUUGGGGCAGGGGCCUACAAUUCGUUUGCUGUGAAGUCGAACGGCGAUGUCUAUUCUUGGGGCCUGAACAAUUUCGGGCAGACGGGCAUUCCCAAGGAAUUCGACGAGAGUGGCAAUACGAAAGGCAAUGACGUGCAUAUGCCUAUCGUUAUUGAGACGCUUCGCGGCAAGUUUGGUAAAGUCACAUGUAUCCAAGGAGGGUCGCAUCACACUGUUGCCGUCACCGACAAAUUCGAACUGCUGGUCUGGGGACGAAUUGACGGAAACCAAUCAGGCUUGAAAGUCAAGGAGCUUCCGGAGGACGACGUUGUGCGCGAUUCAGCCGGCCACCCACGGAUUUUGAUUGUGCCCACCCAGAUCCCCAAUAUUGAGGCUCUCAUGGCCGCCGCGGGGUCUGACCAUUGCAUUGCGAUUGACAAGAAUGGCAAGGCGUAUUCAUGGGGUUUCAGUACGACCUAUCAGACGGGACAGGGCACUUCGGACGAUGUUGAACUUGCUACUCUGAUUGACAACACGGCUGUCAGAGACAAGAAAUUGAUCUGGGCCGGAGCAGGCGGUCAGUUCAGUGUGGUUGCGGGUUUCCCGGCACCUUUGGUCAAUGGUGUCAAUGGCCAUGCUUCGUGAUUGCGGGAGGAUAUCGGCUCAGGGAAACAUCCUAGGGCAAAGCGGAGACCACUUGCAACCCCUCGGUCUCCUAUGGCGUCUAGGGCAAAAAAGUCUUGCGGUAUACAAUUUCUUCGAGAGGCAAAACACAAAAUUUCUCGGACAAAGUUUCCUGGGGAUCUUUCGUAUUACAGCAUCAGGAUUACGUCCUGUGUACCAACAAUAAUGUUCAAGCCAAGUGGGUUGGGG